GUAAUUGCCUGUCGCGAUUUUGCAAGGAACCGGCAAAGUGCAGCAGAAGCUUUGAGGCUUCCCGCAAACGAAGCUUUCUUGAUUCUUUGCCGCGCCCGCUGUGAAUACACCACAACGCUGCUUGCAGUGCUAUUCUAUAGCAAACAACAUUCCAUCACAGACGGGGACGUUUCUGUUUUUGGCGCAAGGCGGGAUCUCCUGAAGGCUGCAGCUUGAAAAAUGGACCCGGAGCUGCAGCAGCUAGCCACAGUCUUCCAGGCGACUCUGUCGCCUGAUAAGGAUGCUAUCAAGGCUGCGGAGCAGCAGCUGAAGGCGGCCGCGCAGCAGCCGGGCUACUGCAUUAAAGUCCUCAAGCUCACGGCCACGCCCAUCGAUGAUGCCAUCCGGCAAUCUGCGGCGGUGAACUUUAAGAACGUGAUCAAGUACCGCUGGGUGCCCAGUGAGGCGGACCUGUACGGCGGGGCGCAGCCGCUGCCGGAUGCGGAGAAGGCCCAGAUCAAGCAGCUGCUGCUGUCUGUGGCCCUGGGCUCGCCGCCCCGGGUGGCGGCUCAGCUGAGUGAGGCGCUGUCCAUCAUCUGCGGAUACGACUUCCCGGCAAAGUGGCCUGAGCUGCUUCCCGAGCUGGUGUCCAAGUUGGGCACUGAGGACCUGAGCCACGUCAAGGGCGUGCUGCAGGUGGCCAACAACGUGUUCAAGCGCUUCCGCGGCCAGCCCAGCAGCAACAACGUGCUGGCCCAGGAGCUGGACAUGUGCCAGCAGGCCUUCCUGAGGCCGCUGCACGAGACACACACGCGGCUUGCGGGCCUGUUCCCCGCCGCCUCCGCGCCCGGCGCCCCGCUGGAGCCGCUGCGGCAGCUGCUGGGCUGCAUGCGCCUAUCCUUCCGCAUCUUCUACUCCCUCUGCUCCAUGGGCCUCUCGGAUGCCACGGAGGGCGAGCUGGGUUUCUGGAUGGACGAGAUGCACAAGUGCCUCACCUACGAGAACGCGGCCCUGGAGGAGAGCGACCCAGACAAGGAGUCGGUGCUGGACGGCGUCAAGUCCGCGGUGUGCCAGACUGUGGACCUGCUCCUGGAGAUUGACGAGGACACGUUCAAGCCCUACCUGCAGCGCUUCGCCGCCAGCGUGUGGGGCGUGCUCAUGAAGGUGUCGCACAAGCCCGGACAGGACAACCUAGCCAUGGCCGCCAUCAAGUUCCUCAACACCAUCGCCAAGGGCGUGUUCGCCAACCUGUUCCAGGCGGACGGCGCUCUGCAGCAGAUCUGCGAGUCGGUCAUUGUGCCCAACCUGCGCGUGCGGCCCGAGGACGAGGAGAUGUUUGAGAUGAACCCCACCGAGUACAUCCGGCGGGACGCGGAGGGAGGGGACAGCGACACGCGCCGCCGCGCCGCCGCUGACCUGGUCCGCUCGCUGACGGACCGCUUCCCGGCCGAGGUGUCCCGCCUCUUCACCGGAUACAUCACCGCUGCGCUGGCCGACUACGCCGCCGCGCCCGCCGCCAACUGGCGCAGCAAGGACUGCGCCAUUUACAUGGUCACCGCGCUGUCGGUCAAGGGCCGCACCGCCGCGCACGGCGCCACCAGCACCACCCAACUGGUCAGCCUGGUGGACUUUUACGGCGCCCAGGUGCUGCCGGAGCUGCAGAGCCCCAAGCUGAAUGACAACCCGCUGCUCAAGGCGGACGCAGUCAAGUUCGUCACCACAUUCCGCUCCAUGCUCCCCAAGGAGGCGUGCCUGGCCGCCGUGCCCUGCCUGGUCAACCUGCUGGGCUCGGAGUACUGUGUGGUGCACUCCUACGCCGCCAUCUGCCUGGAGCGGCUGCUCAGCCUCAAGGACCCCGCCACCCGCGCCAACAAGUUCACCAGCGCAGACCUGGGGCCGCACCUGCAGGUUCUGCUUGAGAAGCUGUUUGCGGGCUUCAAGCUGCCAGACAGCAGUGAGAACGAGUACCUCAUGAAGGCCAUCAUGCGCGUCAUCGUGUUCGUGGGGCCCGCCAUCGCGCCCGUAUCCGCGGUGUGCCUGCAGCGCCUGGCCGCCAUGCUUGUGGAGGUGUGCAAGAACCCGCGCAACCCCUCCUUCAACCACUACCUGUUCGAGUCCGUGGCGGCGCUCAUACGGCACGGCACCGCCGCCUCCGCAGCCGCCGUGGCGGACUACGAGCAGGCGCUGUUCCCCGCCUUCGAGCUGGUGUUGCAGCAGGACGUGCAGGAGUUCCACCCCUACGUGUUCCAGAUCUUCUCCCAGCUCAUCGAGCUGCGGCCCGCGCCGCUGCCGCAGCUGUACCUGGCCAUCUUCCCGCCGCUGCUGUCGCCGGUGUUCUGGGAGCGCAGCGGCAACGUGCCGGCGCUGGUGCGACUGCUGCAGGCCUACCUGACCAAGGCCGGCACCGAGGUGGUUGCUGGCGGCCACCUGGCGGCGGUGCUGGGCGUGUUCCAGAAGCUGCUGUCCAGCAAGGCGCACGACCACGAGGGCUUCUACAUCGUCAACGCCAUCGUGGAGAGCCUGCCGCUGCCCGCCUACGCGCAGUUCCUGCCCUCCAUCUGGACGCUCAUGUUCCAGCGCCUCAGCAGCAGCAAGACGCCCAAGUUCUGCCGCUUCUUCGUGGUGUUCCUGGCUCUGUUCAUCUGCAAGCACGGCCCCGCCGCCGCCGCCGAGCAGCUGGACAAGGUGCAGCCCGGCAUCCUGUUCAUGCUGCUGGGGCAGGUGUGGCUGCCGGCGCUGCCGGGUGUGGACGGGCCGGAGGAGGAGAAGCUGGUGGCGGUGGCGGGCGCCAAGCUGCUCACGGAGCUGCCGGGCUUCAACGCGGCCGCGCCGGGCGACCGGGGCGCGCUGUGGGCGGCGCUGCGCAAGGGCGUGGUGGACAAGCUGACGGGCGGCGGCAGUCAGGGAGGCAGCGGCCAGGAGGACGAGGAGCCGGACUUCGAGGAGAUGCAGGGCUACACGGCGGCCUACGCCAAGCUGGCCAACGCCGCGAAGACCGAGCGGCCGGUGCUUGCGGAGAUCCCCGACCCACGGCAGUACGUGGAGGCGGCACUGGCGCGGGUGGGGGCGUGAGGCAGCAGCGGCACUGGCGCUCGGGGUUGUAGCGGGUGGCAGGAGCUGGAGGCGGAGGUAGAGAGGUUAGGAGUGGUGCUGGUGGUGGUGAUGGUGGUGGAAAGGUGGGGGUGGUGGAGGCUUGGAGGGCUUGGAAAGGGCGGGGAUGGGUUGAGGCGGCGCGUGGGGCGUGGCUGAGGGGGGGCAAGGGCGCUUGUUUGGGAGGGAGGGAAGGAGGCUUGAGUGAAGGCAGGCGUAGGAGCAGGCAUCGGGCGCAGGAGGGCCGGGUGUGGGUGCACGAAGGAGAGCGCGGGGAGCAUGUGUGUUUCGGCGUAUGGCUUUGUUGCUCCCCGGAGGUUUGCGCGGGGUGCAGGCCACGUGCAAGGCGGACGUGGGCAGGGUGAAACGCGCAUGUGAGGCGGGCUGGUGCGUCUGCGGUGUUAGUGCACACGGAGUCGCAAUCCUACCGUAAUACUGGUGUGGGCUUAGUGCCUUAGUCUAGGGGCUUUUUUUGCGCGCCAUUGUGCAACACGCAGGCUGCCGCGGCGCAAUUCAUGGCGCUCCGAGGAAUGGGCGGAGGAAAGACGCACUGGGUUGCGUGCCGCGUCGUUAUCUCGUUUGCGAGGCUUCGCAACGCUCAGUUUGUGCGAGACUUGGCUGUCUUGGUGUGAUUCGGUGACUGCUUAGGGAGAGAGGCUGACUGCGGACAUGCGUCCGGGGUGCCGGAAGACACGCUUGCAGUGGAGUAUGUGACUGCGUGUGUACAUGCCUUGCGUGUGUGCACUUGGCUCCUUCGCCAUCUGUGCUUCUUGAAGGUACCGUACGCGUGUCAGCACUGGCGCCCAGUUCCGCCUCACUGCAAUGCCCGUCACCUAACCGACCAAGGGGUUAGUCGGUUAGGUCCCGUCAGCGUGCAGCUGCAGGAGUCCAUCACACUAGCCAC